GUGCAGUCGACAGUUCCACACACGGUUGCAAUCUGCGCGCCGCACAUUGUUUUCAUUUUUCAUUCAACAAAAAAUGGAAGAAAAAGUCUUGCCAAAAUUCGUCUUGCCCUCCCCCAAAUUCGCCAAGACCGAAAAUGAAGCAAACAGGACAACGAUGCACUAUCUGACGCCCAGUGGCAUGACACUGUUGCCACGUGCCAAACAGCCCCCGCCGAUGUACGGCGCCCGAGGUAGCACUGUACCAGCCAAAUAUCUACAAAUGGACCCGAGCACGGUUACAGCCACGCCAGAAGCUCCGCCAAUUUACAAAUCUCCGCCUCGUCCCGAGCACUGCCACAACUGUGGCAUGGAAUUGGCCAACGCUCAGGACAUGAGACGACACUUGGAGCAGCAUGAGGCAUGUCCUGCAGAAGGUUGCGACUUUGCCGCCUUGCACAACAUAGUGGAGCGCCAUAUUGAAGCUAACCACAUAACUGGGGUGUAUCAGAAAGUGAAGAAGGUGUGGACACCAGAAGACACGGCUGCCUGGCGGGCAGAGCGGAGAAAAAAGUUUCCCACGGCAGCGAAUGUGGAGCUGGCCAAGCGUGUCAAGGAACAACGCCUCAAACGCGGAGAGCGUCUGGAGGCUUCUAAAUCUCGGUUUGGCAGACGCGAAGAUCGGGCACGUACGCGACCCAACAACUCCCAAGAAAAGCGACCCAAACCUAAUAAAAAGGCUAAGGGCAAGAGCCAACACGUGGAAAAGAAGAAGGGUGAUGAAAGCAUUCGUCAGGAAACAGAUGCUUUGGAAGAGAAAACUUCCCACUUAAGUGGCACAGGCGUGCCCAUGUUUCGUGGGACGGGACAGAUGUUGGACUACGAACAUUCCAAAGACAACGUAAAGAAGAAGGAAAAUGUUCUAUGUGGCCUCCUGGGGAUGUACGGCUCGGAUAGUGAAGACAGCGAGAUUGAGGCUGAGGAAAAGGACCAAAGUCAGGGGCAAAAGAGUCCCCUAUUGGAGACAGAACUGCAAGUACAAAUCGCCGAGUGCAGCACUGUGGAGAAUGUAAGUCCUAGGGUUGAUCUAGUCGACCCAAAUACGGAUGUCCCCAAUAACACCUUUGAGGAGCCCAUUACAAAUGACUGCUCUUCGGAUGAUGCACCCGAUGAAGCGCCCAUUCAACGCGUAACCGAAUCGAUAUCGGAGCAGGCUGUAAUUAAACCUCAAUUCAUGGAACCGAAACCCCUACCCUCCCCAAAACCAGCUGCUCCGAAGGCACAGAAGCGUAUUUCUGGCCUCAACUACAAGAGAGCUCGUAAAACGACGAAACAGAACACAAUGCUCUCAAAGUUAUUAGCCUCCGAUAUCCGCCAUGAGCGCAAUGUGCUGCUGCAGUGUGUACGCUAUGUGUGCGAGAACAACUUCUUCGGCAUUGGAGCAAGCGGCAGUAGGGAUCAAUAAAGGAAAAUGAUUUCGCUUGUUUAAAUAUAAUUAUUAUUCUUAUUCUGUUUACGAGUAAUUGUGAUAAGCUGAAGCACAUAGUUUCAGUUGCUUAAUUUUGUACCAUCUAAUAGAAUUGAACAAUAAAAGAUCACGCUGGAAA